CUCUUGCUCUCUCUGCCCUGUUUCCAGCUCCACGUGUGAGGAGUUGGUCUUGCUCUGCUCUGGAUGGUGGGGAUCGGAAGUCCUUCCUCAUUCUUAAGAAAAUAUUUACAUUUUAACUCACUGAAACUACAAUUAAUUUCCAAAUAAGCAAAGAAACAUGAAUUGGAGCUGGGUGCUUAUGGCAGUCCUUCUGUCUUGCGGGGGACUGUCAUGGGGUGAGCAGGGUUUGGACUUCCCUGAGUACGAUGGGAUGGACCGGGUCAUCGAGCUGACUACCAAGAACUACAAGUCUGUGAUGAAGACGCAUAAUGUGAUGGUUCUGUACUACCAUGAGCAUCCCGGAUCCGAUGCCGUUGCCCAGAAACAGUUUGAAAUCGAGGAACUGGCCCUGGAGCUUGCAGCUCAGGUACUUGAUGACCUUGACGAUGAGGAUAUUGGAUUUGGCCUUGUUGAUGAGAAGAAGGGCAGUGUUGUUGCUAAGAAACUAGGACUUGAGGAGGCCGACAGCAUCUACAUUUUCACCGAGAACGAGAUCAUUGAGUACGAUGGGGAGCUUGCUGCAGACACAAUUGUGGAGUUCAUCUAUGAUGUUCUUGAAGACCCAGUUGAGAUCAUUGAGAACGAUCCGGAGGUUAAAGGUUUCCAUAACAUUGAGGAGGAUAUCAAACUGGUUGGCUACUUUAAGAGUGAAAAGUCUGAACAUUAUUUGGCCUAUGUGGACGCGGCUGAGGAGUUCCAUCCACACAUCAAGUUCUUCGCUACAUUCACUCCCAAGGUUGCCAAGGAUCUGGGCCUGAAGAUGAAUGAGGUGGACUUCUAUGAACCCUUUAUAGAUGAACCCAUACUUAUCCCCGGAAAGCCCUACACAGAGGAGGAGCUUGUCGAGUACAUUGAGGAUCACGACAGACCAACCCUGAGGAAGAUGGAGCCUGAUAACAUGUAUGAGAUCUGGGAGGAUGACAUCGAUGGUGAGCACAUCAUUGCAUUCGCAGAAGAGGAUGAUCCAGAUGGUUUUGAGUUCCUGGAAAUCCUAAAGGAAGUAGCAGAGGAGCACAAUGAUAAUCCCAACCUCAGCAUUGUCUGGAUUGAUCCAGAUGACUUCCCGCUGCUUGUCCCAUACUGGGAGAAGACCUUUGGAAUUGACCUGGGCUCUCCCCAGAUCGGUGUUGUGGAUGUUGAAGAUGCUGACAGUGUAUGGAUGGAGAUCGACAAUGAUGACGACCUACCAAGCGCAGAUGAGCUUGAGGAAUGGAUUGAAGAUGUUCUUUCAGAUGAAAUUGAUCCAGAUGACGAUGAUGAUGAUGACGAUGACGACGAUGAUGAUGAAGACGACGACGACGAUGAUGAUGAAGACGACGACGACGAUGAUGAUGAUGAUGAGUAAAUUGUUGAUCUCAUCAUUUCACUGGCCUAUGUCUAAAUCUGUCCAAUAUAAUAGAAUUGUCCAAUCACAUCAUCCCCUUCCUCAACUUGUCCUUGUCCUCUGUUGUAACACUUCAUUAAGUUAAAUAUGUCUGCUCAAAUGGACAUCCUCAUGUUUUCAACAUCCUUGCUCAGAGCAUCUUGUCAAAAUAUUGUUUCAUUUUUUUCACUUUGCUUUGAAUCCAUAAAAGACAGUACUUUCUCAGAGCCCCAUUUUUUGUAUUCACACCACACCUGUAACUUUGCCAUCCAUACAUUAUGAAAAGGAUACAAAAAAAAUCAAUUGUGAAUAUAAUACUUUCAAAAUACAACUAUUGGAUAAUCAUUAGCACUAAAUCUUAAAACACCUGAUGCUUCUGAUUUUAAUAUUUCAAAAAAAUAGAGGGGUUACUUUGUUGAUGCAUUUUAAGUCUGAGUCCAUCUGUAAACUUGUCGUCUGAAUGUAUUUUAUUUUUGUUUUAUUUUCUCUAGAUUAAAUGUUCAUCCCUCUCCUAACUUGUCAAAUCCAAGGGUGCAAGCAGGUUUUUCCUACAUACAGGUCAUGGGUCAUACCAACCUACUCUGUUGAAUUAUUGUAACUUUAGUUGGUAAGCUUUUUUUCUUCUUGUGCACUGAAAUGUGCUGUAAAUCACAUGGAUGUUUUCUACUGACAAAGAAAUAUAACAACAGUAUUCAUUUUUUUUAAACAAGAAAACUUAAACAUACUGUAAAGGCUUAAAAUAAAUGACAGCUUGGAAAAAGA